AUGGGAAACGCACCAAGCCAGGACGCCUUGUUCAAGAUUAAUGGAAGAGCCUUAUCGGCAUUCUACGAUCAUAAGAAGGUUGGAACAGUGGUGGCUACAAAGACUAGCCUUUUAUACUUCAAUGACAGGACUAAACAAUUGAUAAAGACAGUGCCAACAAAGAAACCACUAUCAUACAUAAUAUACAAUCGCGAGUUGGACCUAUUCAUCACCGGUGAGGAUGACUUCACCAUCCGUAUCUACAAGGCCUCGGAUGGAACGUAUAUCAACUGUUUGCCAUCAUCAAGUAACCCAACUGAGAUGGCAGCACAUGCACAUAGAGACUUGAUCAAACAGUUGCUGUUUAUGGAUGAUAGAUCGUUAUUGUCAGGAAGUACAGAUGGUUCGAUUCGUUUGUGGAACAUUGCCUCAGGCCAGAUGCAAGCGAUGUUCAUGGUGGCGUCGCCAACCAGCUCUGUGGUGGACGUGGCCACAUCAAGCGUGACAUCCAUCGUCUUUGAUCACAAGCGAAGCCUGUUGAUUGUUGGCUCGUCGGAUGGCAUCAUCCGCAAGUUCUCCUACGAGAACAGGAACAUCAUCGGUCAGUUCGAGGGACACUCGCGCGGUGCCAUUCUCAACCUGGCCAUCUCAAAUAAUGGCAACCUGAUCUCGUCGUCCAUGGACCGCACCAUCCGUGUCUGGGACAUCGACACUGGCGCCACAUUAGUUGGCGCGCAAUACUUUGCACAAGUCUUAAUCUACGACUCAUACAGAGACAUCCUCUUUGCAGGCAAUGACCUUGGCACUGUUGCCGUCGUCAAGAUUGAGGUGGACAACACCACAUCCAAGCGUAAGUUGCGAGUGGCGUCCAUCGAUUGUCGCCUCCAAGGUCAUACCACUAACCUCAAACCCUUGCCCUUGCCCUUUUCCCUCACCCUCACAGUAUCAUUCAAGAAGUUGAAUGUCUUGGACUUUAAGCUACAGGCUGCUAUAUUGCACGUGGACUACAACACUUACGCUGACACAAUGAGCGUGACGACCAUUGAUAGCACCAUUGGAUUCUUGACUAAUGUGACUGGCAUCCAGAAUGACAAGGACUUGGAGACAAAUGAGGACCAUCACGUCAAUGAUAAUGAUGACGGCGAGGACGAUGACCUCGCUGCAAAUGAGGACGACGAGACUGACCCUCUGUCGCAAGAGGCCAUCGAUGCCGCACUGCGCCAGGUACGCGAGCUCGAGACCGCCAAGGACAAGAUGCACAACCACGACAACAAGAACAUCGAUCCAGCGCGCAUCAAGAUACUGUCGCAGCUCGGUGGCGACCUGUUUGGCGAGGAUGACGAGAUCUCGACGAUUCGCAAGAAGAAGUACAUCGACGGCAUGGAGCAGAUCCUGCGUACCCAGCAAGAGCUGAGCGAGGAGUUUGUGCAGUCGGUCGACUCGAUCCUGUGCAGCAAACUGGUACUGGCCGCCCUGCACGGCGACUCGGCGCGUCUGGCCAAGGAGAUGGAGGUGGCUCAGCGUCGCCAAGAGAUCCUCGAUCGCCACAAGCGCGAGUUGGAACAGUUCCAGCGCGAGACUGACGAUGAGCUCAAGAACUUUGAUGAGGUGGAGCAGCCUCGCAGCGGCAGGACCCUCGCCAAGCGCUAUCUGGCGCGCACAGAGGCCUACCGUCAGGGCCAACACGAGGUCGAAACUUCCCUCACCAGCCAUAUCUCGACGUCCUUCCACUUGGUUGGCGACCGCUUCCACAUUGGCCAGCUGAUCUCGCCAUCGGCCACCAAUGUGUUUAGCGGCUUUGAUGCGCAGGCCCUCACGCCCGUCGCCAUCAAGGUGCUGCCACCAGGCAUCACGAUCGGCACCGAGGCCGAGCACCGCUACCUCACCAAGAUCAUCACGACAUUCGCCAACGACAAGGCCACCUACGUCAUCCUGGAGCCGUGCAGCAUGGACAUCACACAGUUUGUCGAGGAGUUUGAGAACCAGCUGCUGCCACUUGAGCUGGUCAAGACCAUCAUCUUCCAGCUGCUCGAGUGUCUGGCUUACCUGCACUCGCACAAGAUGGUGAAGCGCGAGAUCACUCCGUCCAGCGUGCUGAUUGGCGCCGACAACUCGGUGCGCCUCACCCAUCUGGGCGUGAUGAAGUCACUCACGGGCCGUCUCGAGGAGGAGCCGACCGUGGAGGAGGGCUCGCUGUACGGCGCCCCCGAGCUGUUCUGCCGCGUGAUCACCACCGAGUCGGACAUGUGGGCGGUCGGUUGCUUCCUGGUCUACCUGCUGCAGAACGAGGAGGAGCGUCAGAAGCGUCCACUGUUUGACGGCGCGUCCGACCUGCACACUGUGAUGGCCAACAUUGUCAAGGUGGUCGGCCGUCCAUCGUCCGGCGACGUCGCCCAGCUCGUCGAGAAGUGUCACAUUGAUCAAGAGGGCAACGAGUUGUUGCAGUUUGCUGUGAACCAGCCCGUGCCACUUGAGGACCCAAUCGAUGUGAUCAAGCAUCACAUCUCAAGACGCGAUGCAAACGAUGCCAUUGACCUCAUCCAACAUCUGCUCCAGUUCAUUCCAUCUCAGCGUGUGACUGCUCAACGCGCCAUGACUCACAGACUCUUUACAAACACUGGACCAACCUCGACUCCAACUCCAACACCAACUCCAACACCAGAGGUUGAGGAGAGUAAUUCAAUUGUUGGUGCCACACCUGUACUUACAUCGACUGAGCCAUCAACCAUUGUUUCAACGCCACCCCAUCAGGAAUCAACAACACCAGUCACAUCAUCAGAAGUCACUCCAGCAGCUUCCUCUGUUGCUACUGUGGAGGAGACACCAUCAUCAUCAUCAUCCACCAUCAACGAUGAUCAAGAGACACCAGUCGAGACAAAUGAGCAGUAUGACAGUCUGUAA